CGGGAAGGUAGAGCGCACGCGCUCCCUGCGACUCCGGCGCGGUUGACUUCCGCUCCCACUGUGCCCUGCGAGCCGAAUCAUGGAUCACACUGAUAAUGAGUUACAAGGCACUAAUAGUUCCGGAUCGUUGGGUGGUCUUGAUGUUCGAAGACGCAUUCCUAUAAAGCUCAUCUCCAAACAAGGGAAUAAAACCAAAACCGCACCUCGAGCUCCAAGGACUAUAAACAGGAUGCCUGCAAAGGCUCCACCUGGGGAUGAAGGAUUUGGUUAUAAUGAAGAAGAACGGUAUGACUCUAAAGGGGGUGAACUGUUUGGAAAUCAGAGAAGAUUUCUUGGACACCUUUUUUGGGACUUCCAGAUAAACAUCUUAGGUGAAAAGGAUGAUACACCAGUUCAUUUCUGUGACAAAUGUGGAUUGCCUAUUAAAAUCUAUGGGCGAAUGAUUCCAUGCAAGCAUGUUUUUUGCUAUGACUGUGCUAUUUUACGAAAAAAAGGAGAUAAGAUGUGUCCAGGCUGUAGUGAUCCUGUGCAGCGAAUCGAGCAGUGUACGCGAGGUUCUCUCUUCAUGUGUAGCAUUGUUCAAGGGUGCAAGAGAACGUACUUGUCUCAGAGGGACUUACAGGCUCAUAUCAACCACCGCCACAUGAGAGCUGGAAAACCUGUUACCCGUGCUUCGCUCGAAAGCGUCCAUCCUCCUAUUGCCCCACCGCCAGCCGAAAUCCCCGAUCGCUUUAUAAUGCCGCCAGACAAGCACCAUAUGAGCCAUAUCCCGCCAAAGCAGCACAUCAUGAUGCCACCACCCCCUUUGCAGCACGUGCCGCACGAGCACUAUACUCAGCCACACGAGGACAUCCGUGCUCCUCCUGCAGAGCUGUCCAUGGCUCCACCUCCACCUCACUCGGUCAGUCAGGAAACCUUUUGUAUUUCAACAAGAAAACACAGCAAUCUAAUAACUGUCCCUAUUCAGGAUGACUCAAAUUCAGGUGCUAGAGAACUACCACCUCCUGCCCCAGCACCUGCUCACCACCAUCCUGAAUAUCAGGGCCAACCAGUGGUAUCGCACCCGCAUCAUAUUAUGCCUCCACAGCAACAUUACCCACCACCCCCACCUCCUCCACCACCAAUCAGCCAUCCAAUGCCACAUCCUCCCCAGGCUGCAGGUACUCCUCACUUGGUGUAUAGCCAAGCUCCACCUCCACCAAUGACCUCUGCUCCACCACCAAUCACCCCUCCCCCUGGACAUAUUAUUGCCCAGAUGCCACCUUAUAUGAACCAUCCUCCUCCAGGACCUCCCCCACCUCAGCAUGGUGGUCCGCCUGUAACCGCACCCCCUCCUCACCAUUACAAUCCUAACUCUUUACCCCAGUUCAGUGAAGAUCAAGGAACCCCACAACCAGGGGGAAUGAGUCCUGAUAUAUGGCCUGCACCGAGAGGGCCACCUCCUCCUCCACGAAUGCAGGGUCCGCCUUCUCAAACCCCACUUCCUGGACCACAUCAUCCAGAUCAGACAAGAUAUAGACCGUAUUACCAAUGAUUAAUAGUACUUUGAACUGAAGAUAUGAUGAGGAAAAACAAAAACUUAUGUAUAGUCAAUCUUUUAAUUAAGCUUUGACUGUUUGGGGGAAGGAAGAGUACCUCUUACUGAGGUGACCGCAAAACAUUUAGGGUCUUGUCUCUUAAAAUGGUUUUAAAUCUUGACCUUAGGAUUGACUUCAAGUACUAUACCGUAGUGCAGAUGAGUGGCUCAGUUGAGCACAGCUACGUUUUAACAACUUUGUUCCCCUAGUGUGGUAAAUUGACCCAGAGGUGACCAUUUGUAAAAAAUUUGAGAAGAAUUUUUCAUUGUUCCACUUCUAAAAAUACGGCUUUUGUUAAAUCCAACAUUUAGUUUUUCUUGUGAUACAUUUUGUUAACCUGUGUAAGAGGAUAAAAUUUCAAAAUGGUUGUAAAAAUGCUAUUUUUAUGUGAAUUUAAGUGCAGCCACAUACUGUUUUUUAAAACCAUAUGUUUUACCACUAAUUUCCCAAAGUUACAAUAAAAUCCUAAAAGUAAAAAUCUACUAGAAUUUACUGUAAGGCAGACUGUUAAAUGGUAGAGAAUUAUUUCACAUUUUAGGCACUGAAAUUUUGAGGUAUAUUAAAUAUAUAAUGCACUUCACUUGGAUGCCUUUUUGUUUUUAGGCAGCCUCAGGAGCACCAAAAUACAUUGGAAUUCCAUAUUUAUGUUCGUAAUAUUAAAAGGCAUUAGUAGUUAUUUGGAAAGAUACGGCCAAAGCAAUUGACUCUACAGGCUCCAAGCUAUUGGGGGAUACUGUUACUCGUUAAUUCUUUCUACCAAAUGGUGGGAAUCACAUAAUGCACCACAUUUACUAAUCUUAAGUAACAUUAUUUUAUAGAACUGUUUAAAACUGUGUUAUCUAGAUGAAGUGUGUUCUACUCUGCUCAUUGUCUUAAACUUAAAUAUUUAGGGCUGAAUAGGCUUUGUAUAAUUCCUCAUUUCCUGGUAGAGUUUGAUCUGUGCUUUGAGUGGGUUCUUGUCUGUUGGGUUUUAAAGUACAAUUUGAAUGCCAUCGAGGAAUACUGUAUUAAUGAAGGACGUUCUUGUAAUCACAAACUUGCGUUGCUCAGGUUUCAUUACUGUGUGAUAAGGUUUUUUCUCUAACUUGAAAUUUUA